UAUAUGGAGUAUUUUAUAUUGUAUCUUUAGGAUGGUCAAGGUUCUUUCCAAGACUGUUUAGGGAAAUGAACAUUAGGGACUUCUCAAACCUGGGUUUACCUCAUCUUUACUCAUGUCCCUUUGGCCAAAGCAUGUUAAAUGGAAAUUGCAAGUCAUUGCAUAGGUGUGCAAUGGGUACAGUGAAAUGUGCCAUUUGACAACCAUUGUUGGAAUAUUAUAACACAAGAAAUAUUUUCUGUAGACAUUUUUUCUCUAAAUUGUGUGAAAACUACAUCAUACAUGCUUUCCCUGGUGUUAAAAUAUGUAAAUGAAUGAGGUAGAACACAAAUUCCAGUGGAUUCCUAGGAUACCAUUGCAUUAAAAAAAAGCAGUUCCUACAUACCGAAGUACAUUCAGUAAUAAAUACUUUUAGUGGAAAUGUGAUAUGUUUUUGCUUUCAAGUAUUCAAUAAUAUUUGUGGGAACAUUCAUUUUUUCGAACUUAGUGUACAUAAACAUAGAAAUUAGUUUGUUUAAUAAUAUCUAUCUGUCAGGAAAUAGACUGCAUUUGUGUUUCUUGGAAACUUUAAUGCUCUGCCUGAGACAUUAAAGAUUCUUCUAGGACAACUUUAUGGUUUUGCAGCCCAUGUAUCAUGUAUGCAAGAGAAAAUUCUGGACCCCAAAUCUCACAGAUUCAUUUCUGAAUGUGUGAUUUGCUUUAUAUCCCAGCCGUGCUUCUAGAGUCUUCUGUUCAUUGUCAGCAGCAAGACAGAAUGAAUGGAUCUCUGAAGCUGAUGUCAUUUGAUGAUGUGGCUGUGGACUUCACCUGGAAGGAGUGGCAGGAUCUCGAUCCUGGUCAGAGGGCCCUUCAUAGAGAAGUGAUGCGGGAGACUUAUAGGAACCUAAUGUCCUUGGGGCACUGUGUUCCUAAACCUAUAUUGAUUGUGAAGCUGGACCAAGGUGCAGAACCAUGGAUGAGAGAAGGCUCAGAAGAGAAUUUCACAGAUGUCCCAGAAAUGGAGGAUGUGAUUAGCACCUGCCAGGAAAGUCACAAGAAGUAUCUCUCUGAAGCAGCAAUCCUGAAUAGUAACCAAGGGGAGGAAAAAGUGAGACUUAUAAGAAGUUUUCAUUUGAGCUCCAUACAGAAGUCAGAACUGAUUAAGAAUAAUGGGAACUCCUUAGGGAUAAGGAUAGAAAAGUCACUGGCUGUCAGAGCAUGGGUAUUUUCAGUGAACCCGGUAAGAUGUGUGCUGCAUAUAGUACUCAUGUGUCUUCUGUAGUUUACAAA